AUGGAGUGGCAUGCGCUUCCUUACGAAAUCCAAUGUCUCAUUCUCAGAGAAUUGGUCCCUCCGUUUUGCGAUGACACUCAUGGUAGCUUGAAAGCUGUUAGCCGAUGUUAUCUUGUUUGCCGGAAUUGGGACGUUGAAAUUCGACGACUCUUAGUAAAGUUUCAUUCUGUCAACUGCUUGCUUCGCUUUUCUAUCGAGUCAAUUGCACUUCAGGCUCUCGAUCGCCAUAUUGCACCAUUCCGAGCCCUGAUGGAAAGUGACGAAAACAUGAAAAAGCUUGACAAAGCCGAUAUCAAAACCUCCCUUGUUUUUUAUGAAUAUAUGGUCACCUAUAAUUUGCAUGAGCUUCUCUACGAAGCGGUCAACCAAGGAGAAGAAAUUUUUAAGCUGCUUGACGAUGCCCACUGUUUUGGCAUUCACCACGAGGAUUGCGAAUAUCGGCAGACGCCGUUAGCCCAUGCUAUUGAAUCCAACGAUCUUAUUUCCGUGGAGAAGCUUCUUCUCCUGGGAAUCAGCCCCUUACAGGCUAGAAUUUGGCCCAAUAUGGAGGGAGCCUUUGCCUACGCCAUAAUUUCAAACAAGAUUACACUGAUGAAGCUGUUACUGGCGAGUGGGGCACAUCCUGAUGAUGAAGAUUAUGACGAUGCUGAUCGCCCUACGGCGCUAGUCCUUGCGUCGGAAUCCAACAACGAGGAUAUGAUAAAGUUGCUCCUUGGAGUUAGAUCGUCAGUCAACUGUUCCCUAAAGCGCCUACAGCCCAUAUACGCUGCUGUUCGCAGUUGCUCUCUGAAUAUAAUUCGAGGCCUUAUUAAUAGAGGAGCAAGAAUAAACCACGCCGACGAAGCCAGACAAACGGCUUUGGGGGAAGCGGUCUCCUCCAGGGACAUAUCCAUCAUUGAGUUAUUGCUUGCCUAUGGCGCUGAGGUUACGUUUGGGGUAAGUGUUAGAGCGAAAUCCAGGGGUUGCAGUCGGAUUGCGACUCUUUUGCUAGAGGAUUUCGUGGAAGAAGAAGAGGCGAGCCUGAAAUUCACUCUGGGACCAAACAAUCAGCUGGUUUGGUCCGAUAUGAUGAGCCGAAGGCGGCGGGAAACAAUAGAAAUGUUACUCGAAGCCGGAGCGGACCAGAGGGUGUUUGAGGAAAUAUCCAACCGUGGAUAUACGAUAGAAUCUAGCAGUGGAUAUACGACAGAAUCCAACAGUGGAUAUACGACAGAAUCUUGUUAG